GAUGCGAGAAAAAGAGGCGAUGGAGAGAAUCUGCUAAAGCACAUGAGAAGCAUCAUGUCGAACAGAGUGAUGCUGCUGGCUCUCGCACCUCCGGACACACCGUGAGUACACCGAGCUCCAUCUGUAACUUCCAACACCGGCACGUCGCCAGCAUUCGGGUUUCUGCUCAAAAGUUUCAUCAGCCGUUUGGUGGAGUUAUAUUUAACCGGACUUGAUGGUGCUGGGUUUUUUUUCCUUUACUUACGGAUGAUUCCUGUGUCCCUGAGUGCACGAGCCUGCUGUACCUUCCUCAUUUUGUGCUCAGACGUCCGUGAAGCUGUAGCUCAACCUCUCCUAAAGCUCUUCUCAAGCUCUCCUGAAGCUAUUGCUUUUUCUCAGCUCUGUGGUCCAUUUUACCUUCACCGCGGUUUGAGCGUAAGAGCAGACAUUUUCUUUAAAACUAAACAUUUCUGGGAGGAGUCAGAUUUGAGUCAAUUGCAAUUGCUUCUUGAUGAUGAAGAUUCUGGUGAUGAAGAUCGAAUUCAUGUGACAGCUUGCUGGAAGAAACUUUUAUUAUUAUUAUUAUUAUUAUUAUUAUUAUUAUUAUUCCUAUCCUGAUGACCGAAACUAUGUCUCUGAGCGGGAACUGUAGGACUCAGUCCGCUACCAAAGAGCCGUCAUGCGCCCUGAACUGCUUUCCAGACGUUCUGGAGCUGAACGUGGGGGGUCAGGUGUACUACACGCGCCACGCCACGCUCGUGAGCCAUCCCGGUUCCCUACUGGGCAAAAUAUUCUCACCAAAAAGCAGCGCGGUUCCGGAUCUCGCGCGAGACCCCAAGGGUCGGUAUUUCAUAGACCGUGACGGCUUCCUGUUCCGCUACGUGCUGGACUUCCUGCGGGACAGACAGGUGGUGCUGCCCGAUCAUUUUCCUGAGAAAGCUCGCCUGAGGAAAGAGGCGGAGUACUUCCAGCUGCCGGACCUGGUGAAGUUGUUAACGCCCGAGGAGGUGAAGCCCAGUCCGGACGAGUGCGCUCACAGCGACUAUGAGGACGGCUCGUUGGGAAGCGACCAGCGCGCGUGCCCGCCACCCUCCCUCGUGCCAGCCGACCGUAAGAGCGGCUUCCUCACGGUGGGCUACCGAGGCUCGUGCACGGCGGGCCGUGAGAGCCAAGCGGACGCCAAGUUCCGGCGCGUGCCACGGAUCAUGGUGUGCGGUCGCAUUGCGCUGGCCAAGGAGGUGUUCGGCGAGACGCUUAACGAGAGCCGCGACCCGGACCGCACACCAGAGCGCUACACGUCGCGCUUCUACCUCAAGUUCAAGCAGCUCGAACGCGCCUUUGACGUGCUCUCUGAGUGCGGCUUCCACAUGGUGGCGUGCAACUCGUCCCUCACCGCCUCUGUGGUCAGUCAGCAAGCCGACGACAAGAUGUGGACCAGCUACACCGAAUACGUGUUUUACCGUGGAUCGUCACGCUGGGCUUCGCCACCAUGUGACUGCUGCUGCAAGGGCCACAAAGGCGAGGGCGAGGGUGAGAGCGGCACUUCCUUCAACGAGCUCUCCACCUCCAGCUCCGAGAGCCAAUCAGAAGCCAGUUCCCCUCAGGGGACGGUCAUCCGCGGACCCGUCACCCGACAAGCACGCGUCCAGACGCUGGACCGGCCGUCCAAGAAAGAAAGACCAGGAAGUCACCUCCUGCAGCAGCAGCAAUCUGAGCAGCGGCGUAAGAGCGAUCUCCUUCGCACUCUCACCUCCAGCUCACGGGACACCAGCAGCAGCAAGAAACGACCCGCCAAAGAGAAAAUGAGCGUGGAAGAGGAGCUGGAGAAGUGCAUCCAGGACUUCCACAAGAUCAAGAUCCCGGAGCAGUUCCCAGAGCGCAAGUACAUGUGGCAGGCCGACCUUCUCCGCAAGUACCGCCUUUGAGGGACGGGAGAAACUUCUAGAACGUGGACCAAAAGAUGAGUUCAAAGCUGUGAGCUGUGCUGGUGCACAAAUUCUUCACUACUGCCUCACACCUGCGUGUCUUCUGUGUGACGGACGAUUCCACUCGGGAUUUGAUCAACGCUCACUUUUCUGUAGCACAGAAGGAUUUUGUUAGAAAAGCACAAUUCUUGAUUUUUUUUUUGUACAUUUGAGCACAAAGGUGUCUGUUUUUGACCUUAUACGAUGUUAGCGGUCGUGUUCAGGUGGUCCGGAGGUCGGGCGUUAAGCGUGCAAGCUGAAUCAUAAAUAAUUCAUACUGUCUCUGUCGUGUCCUUGCUAAAAAUAGCCACUGUAUUGUCGAGCAUGAGGUUUUAUUUCAGCACUUUGAGAACUGAGCGUUUCUCUCUAUCGGCUUUUCCGACCCGCCGUUACUGUCCGAUCCGUUACCCUCAAAACGCCUCCACAUCGAUUUAGUCAUGGGGUAAAAGGGGUUGCACACCGUCAGGGUGGAAACGCUACACCACCUUCCUCUAAAUGUAGUGAAACCGCAGACUGAGCUCCAUUGAUCCAAAUCUGAGAUUUUAGAAACAGAACGUGUGACUUUUUUAUUAUCAUUUAUUUUCUUAUUUUCACACACACACACACACACACACACACACACACACACACACACACACACACACACACACACACACAAUAACACUGGUGAGGUUCGUAUCUGCACCAGAUGUGUGGUUAAUUAAUAUUAAAAAUUAGAUUUUAUUAUUUAUUCACGACAUAAAAGAACAUAUCGAUUCUCACAAAUAUAAACAACACACAAAUAUUACAUUAUAAUACGACUGUUACAUUUAUAAAUAUAAAUUAUAACCGAAUGUAUUUAUUUGUUUAUUUAUUUAUUACAAACUGAAGAAAUCUAUGACAGAACAGAACGAAAUAUUGACGUAAUCAUGCGGUUUCAGAUGAUAUAAAUACGACAUUUAGUUUAUAACGAGGAAGAGAAUCAGAAGAUAUUCGUUCCUUUAUUUAGACAAAUGGGUUAAUAAUAAACUCACAGUCAGAACUUUAUGAUGUAGACCUGAGUCUCUCAGCACAACUCAACAUAUUCACAAGUGUUUAAUGAUGAUGGUGUGAUGAGUUCCAGCUCAGAGACGUCCAGAAGAUUCUGCUUUUACUUCAGACACUAAUAUUUAAUGGUUUGAUAAAGAACAGUAAUUAAUGGUGUUAUAAAUUAGGUCCAAUUAUCAACAUGAAUUAAUCUAACAUCAUAACACACACAAACACACACACGAACACACACACAUACACACAAACACACACUUACACACACACACAAACACACACACAAACACACACACAUACACACACAAACACACACACACACAAACACAUACACACAAACACACACACACACAAACACACACACUUACACACACACACAAACACAUACACACUCAAACACACAUACAAACACACACACAAACACACACACAAACGCACACAAACACACAAACACACAAACACACACACAUACACACACACACAAACACAC